GACGCAAAAGGCCCUCGGCGAGAGCGGCUGUCGGUCGGUUACGCCGCGGCCAGUGCGCACGCCCUGCUGGGCGGGGCCUCCCGGCAGGGGCGCCCGCCCGCGACGAGGCCACGGUUCCAUGGAGGGGGCGGAGGCCGAGGCCGAGGCCCGGGAGGGCGCCGCUGUAGCCCAGGACCUGCAGGCCCUGGGGUAUGAGAACUUCCUGGGGGCGGCGGCGCUGAGCCCCUCGUGCCCAGACUUCAGGGCGCUGUGCGCGCGGCUGGCGGCUGAGCUGGCGACUCUGGGCGCCUUGGAGCGGGAGCGAGAGGAGGGCGCGGAGGCACUGAGUGCCGGCGACGGCCCCGGCGCGGAGGAGGAAUUCCUGCGACAGCUGCCCGGCCUGCUGGAGGAGCUGCACUGCCCGGACCGCGCGCUCUGCGGCGGAGACUGCGCGACCGCGCUGCGGGAGCCGGGCGCUGGCCGGCGCCUUCUGCGCUUUCUCUGCACAGAACUCCAGGCUGCCCGCCUCCUCCGCCUGCACCACCAGCUGGAUCCCACCCCAGCGGUGCCCCCAUCCCAUGGGGAAGGGGCAGAGGAGGGAGCUGGCAUGGUUCAGGAACUGAUCCUUAUCCUCCAAGCCCUGGGGCUGCUCAGACCUUCGCUGGGGACCCUCGCCAGCAGGCUGCUGUGGGAGUUGCAUGCCAAGGUCUCAGAGCUUCUGCCUUCCCUGCCCUCAGGAUCCCUGCAGCCCCUUCUAAGCCACCCACUAGACGCACCCAGAUGGGAAGCAUUGGAGUCCCUGUGCCAAAGCCUGGGCGAUCAGUACUGCUGCCGCCGUAGCCUCCUCCUCAAGCGCCUGGACCUCACGAUAUCUGCAUUCCACUGGAGUGAUCGGGCAGAGGCCCAAGGGGAGGCCAUGAAGGCAGUGCUGAUGCCAAUUCGAGAGACUAUGACUCCAGAAUCGGAUGUCUCCAUUGCACACAUCCUGGCUGCCCGAGCUGAUCUGUCUCGUCUUGUUCCAGCCACAAGCAAGGCUGCCCGCCGAGGGACCAUCUGUGCCAUCAACAAGGUGCUUAUGGGCAAUGUGCCAGACCGAGGGGGACGUCCAAAUGAGCUGGAGGCUCCUAUGCCCAGCUGGCAGAGCAGAAGAGAGAAUGGAGGCGGGUGGAAGGCAGGCCGCCACUGCUGGGGCGAUAAGAAGAAGAGGAAGAAGAAAUAAAGGGGGACUGGGUCCUCUAUGAGAUGCUGAUGCCAUUGGUAACCUCUGGGAAGUCAAUUUGAGGGUGUUUCUUGGCACCUGGCACCCAAGCGCCACAUCUAUUCCUGAGGCCCUAAUUCCCCCCCCCCCUUCCCCCAUCCACCAUUUAACAUCAAGGACCAUGUUCUCUGGAAAAUAAAUUUAAUUUAUGACA